AUGCUGGAAGGAAAAUUCGAAGAGGCCUCGCUGCUGAAAAAAUUGUGUAACUUCAACUGCUCGCAGAGCAAGGGCAUCACGGUCCAGGCGAUCGACGACUCGAGAGUGCUGCUGAUCGCGCUCAAGAUCGACUCGGGCUCGUUCCAAGAGUUCCGCUGCGACAGAGACCUCGUCCUCGGCCUGGACCUCGAGUCGCUGUCCAAGAUCCUCAAACAGGGCAACAACGAGGACUACCUCACGGUCAUUGCCGAGGACUCGCCAGACUCGCUGCUGGUGGUGUUCGAGGACAAGAAAAAGGACAGGAUCUCCGAGUUCUCGCUCAAGCUCAUGGACAUCGACUCCGACGUGCUCACCAUCGACGACAUGGAGCACGACUGCUCGAUCACGAUGCCGGCGUACGAGUUUGCCAAGAUCGCCAGAGACAUGAAGACGCUGAGCGAGUCGCUGCAGAUCAUAAUCACCAAGGACUCGGUCAAGUUCAACGCAGAGGGCCAGAUCGGCUCCGGCUCGAUUAUCCUGAAGCCCCACACAGACAUGGAAAAGCCAGACGAGAGCAUCAAGAUCGAGCUCAACCAGCCGGUCGUGCUCACGUUCGGCGCCAAGUACCUCAACGACAUCGUCAAGGCCACCGCGCUGUCGUCGACCGUCACCAUCAAGCUCACCGACAAGGCUCCAGCCCUGUUUGAGUACAGACUGCCGAGCGGCUACCUGAGAUACUACCUGGCUCCAAAGUUCGACGACGAGGACUGA